UUGCGGUCUUGCCCCCCAUCACUUUCUCGUUGAGCUUGCUGCUGCCUCUGUUACUUGACCUCUCUGCCUCGAGAAAUACCUUCUAGGUUUUAGCUAUCUUCUCUCGCUGAAACCAUGGCGGACAAGGCGGUUACUAUUCGUACCAGGAAGUUCAUGACCAACCGGCUCCUAUCCAGGAAGCAAUUUAUAAUUGAUGUUCUUCACCCUGGAAGGCCCAAUGUUUCCAAGGUGGAACUGAAGGAGAAGCUAGCAAGCUUGUAUGAGGUGAAGGAUCCCAACACAAUUUUUGUGUUUAAGUUCAGGACUCAUUUUGGAGGUGGGAAAUCCACUGGGUUUGGGCUGAUUUAUGAUUCAGUUGAGAAUGCAAAGAAGUAUGAGCCCAAGUACAGACUCAUCAGGAAUGGACUUGACACUAAAGUAGAGAAGUCAAGGAAGCAAUUGAAGGAGAGAAAGAACAGGGCCAAGAAGAUUCGUGGAGUAAAGAAGACAAAGGCUAGUGAUGCUGCCAAGGGAGGAAAGAAGAAAUAAAUUUUCAAGGAUAUGCCCAUAUCCGCUAAUUGGAUUUUCUUUAAUAGUUCUCAAGCAUUUAGAUAAUUUUGAAUGGAAUCUUUUAUUGUCAUUGUGGAUGUUUAAUUUUUCAUUAUAUGAUUUUGAGCACACUUUGAAGAGGACAAAUUUUGACAAAUUUUGAAAUGUUGAGUAGUUGUACAUUUGCUGUUAUUUUCUUUCA